GGCCAGCCGCCUCGGCAUCAACCUUUCCCUUCACAGUAUUUCAAAGCUACUGUUUCUGGACCAUGCAUCUUGCAGCCAUCUGACCAACUAAAUGGUGCUUUUCGGCGUGAAGAAGAUUAUUUUCAAUUUCAAGGAAAUUGUGUGGUUCCUAGGCCAUGUUUGCAUUUGAAGAAUUCAGUGAACAGAGUAUUUGCCAAGCCCGGGCUUCAGUAAUGGUGUACGAUGACACCAGUAAAAAAUGGGUGCCAAUUAAACCCGGACAGCAGGGAUUCAGCAGGAUCAACAUCUACCACAACACUGCCAGUAACACCUUCCGAGUGGUUGGCGUGAAACUACAAGACCAACAGGUAGUAAUUAAUUAUUCAAUCGUGAAAGGGCUGAAGUACAAUCAAGCAACACCUACGUUCCACCAGUGGCGCGAUGCACGGCAGGUGUACGGACUGAACUUUGCGAGCAAGGAAGAGGCCACCACCUUCUCCAAUGCGAUGCUGUUUGCCCUGAACAUCAUGAAUUCCCAGGAUGGAGGCCCUCCCACCCAGCGCCAGGUGCAGAAUGGGCCCUCUCCCGAUGAAAUGGAAGUGCAGAGAAGGCAGGUGAUGGAGCAACAGCAGCAGCAGCGUCAGGAAUCACUGGAGAGAAGAACCUCAACCACAGGUCCCACCCUCCCACUGGGGCAUCCCUCAUCGGCAGCCCCCACACCCGCCUGCUCCAGUGGACCCCCGCCCCCGCCGCCCCCACCAGUGCCCCCUCCACCCAUGGGAGCUGCGCCGCCACCCCCACCCCCGCUGCCAGCCGGAGGAAGCCUGGGGGUGGGCCUGGAUGACUGCUCCGUGUCGGGGCUUGCUGCGGCCUUGGCCGGUGCCAAACUGAGGAGGGUCCAGCGGCCAGAAGAUGGGUCUGGAGGAUCCAGCCCCAGCGGGGUCCCGAAGACUGAUGCCAGUCGGACGAGUAGCGGUGGUGGUGGUGGCAGCGGUGGACUCAUGGAAGAAAUGAACAAAUUACUGGCAAAGAGGAGAAAAGCAGCGUCCCAGACGGACAAGCCUGCCGAGAAAAAGGAAGAUGAAAGCCAAAACGAAGAUGCUAGCCUCUCCCCGUCCCCCAUCACUCGAGGACCCAGCCAGACACAGAAUUCUUCAGACCCCGGGAAGAAACCCUGGGAAAGAAGCAACUCGGUGGAGAAACCAGUGUCCUCGCUACUUUCUCGAACGCCGUCUGUGGUGAAGAGUCCGGAAGCUAAGAGUCCCGUACAGUCCCAGCCACACUCUAGGAUGAAACCUGUCACUGGUGGCAAUGACGUGACUAUGGACGCCUUAGAUUUUGACCGGAUGAAACAGGAAAUCUUGGAGGAAGUGGUCCGGGAGCUCCACAAAGUGAAAGAGGAGAUUAUUGACGCCAUCAGGCAGGAGUUGAGUCGGAUCAGCACGACAUAGUGACCGCGUCCCUCCCUCCGCCCUGCCCUCGCCUGGCCUCAGAAGACCCCACCCUCCCCCACCCCCCAAUCCCAGAUCCUCGGAAACCCGGAUGGCCUGGAGCAUUCCAAGGUCCCACGGACUGGCGAAUGAAGACACCCGAGCUGUCUCGGUUCUUUCAGCCCUUUUUAUUAGCAGACUCGGCCCACUCUGGAGCUCGCUGCCUUGGGUUUGCAUCAUUUAAAAAGUCUUAACCGAAAGGAAAGAUCAAGAUUUUCAAUUUCUGGAUUUUUUAGAUUCCAUCUGACAUUGCACAUUGGGUUGUUUGGCUUUUUUGUAUUUUGUAUUUGCUUAUUUAAAUGUAUUCCGUUUCUUUUAGUAGUAGGUAAGAAGACACGUGAGCCAUUUGCUUUAAUAGAUGACUUCAGAGUAAUUUUAUUGGUAGUCCGCAAUGUUAAAGACCCCCUUGCCAACAACAACAGCAGCAAAAAAGAAAAAAAAAA